AUUAAUAUGAGAACUGCUGGUUCCACAAGGCUUACUAUUGUGAAGCGAACACACUUUCUCGGGCUAAAGGUUAUAUGUCCAUACUGAAACAACGAAAAGCCAGUUGGUUUGUGUAAGCUUGGUACGAAAAUAUUGGAUAUUGAGAUAAGUACAUUGUGCUGGUGACUGGCGGAUAUUCGAUUGUACAUCUCGACAGCUGUUUCAAUGGAUAAAGUAAAGCAGUGGUUUACACGAGAUGAUGAUGAACAAGGAAUAUUCACAGACGUCGAAAAUGGUUGUUCGUUGAGCUGGAGUACACGUAUAAAAGCGUUUAUCAUAUGCUUAGUAGUGGGUAUCGUGAUGUCACUAUUGGGAUCCUUAUGUUUGUGGUUGCCUGGAGCAGGUAUCACACUCUUUGCACUGUUUUAUACGCUUGGCAAUAUAUGUUCUUUGGGAAGCACUAUUUUCCUGAUGGGACCCGUAAAUCAGUUAAAGCGUAUGUUUCAGGAGACUAGAAUUUUCGCAGCAGUAAUCAUGCUGGUAUGUUUGGUUCUCACAAUCGUUUUCGCACUACUGGGACUUCGUCUCCUCUGCUUAAUAUUUUGCAUUCUACAAUCGUUGGCGUUGACAUGGUAUUCACUCUCGUACAUCCCUUAUGCUAGGGAUGCAGUGAAACGAUUAUGUUCUUCAUGUGUUGGAUGAAUUCUCUUUAAAUAUAUCAGAUUAUGAAUAAUACUAUUUAUGUAAAAUUACAAAAAAUCGACAACUACAUCAGACUGUUUAUCUUUUUGGUACUGUGUGUAUAACUGAUCUCUGGCGCCUGAAUUUGUAAUAUUCCUCGACUGGUUUGAUGUAUAUUUUUUUUAUCUUUUCAUUUUUGCAAUCUCUUUGAAUAUGACUAUGUUUUUCUUUUUGUUUUUGUUUGUCAUAAACUAAAAAACAAACAAACAAAUGGCAAAUUCCUAUGAAUUAAUCAUUUAUCUCCAUGUGAACAAUUUUUCCUUGUGAUUAACCAGUUUUUAUUGAACGAUCAAUGUGCCUUCAAAACUUUGAACUUUAGAUAUGAACCAAAGAAUAUUAAUUCUUUUUUUUAUAACAUUAUGAUGUGUGAUCUUGUAACGUCAUUAUACCAUGGUAAGUUGUAUUGUUGUGAUAUAAGCUGAAAAGAAAUAUGUUGUUUUAAGUCUUUAUCUGUGAUCAGUCGUGUAGGUUGAACGCUAUAUACGAUUCCUAAGCUAUUCCGGUAACCCGCAGUCUAGAACUACACGGCGACUUGAACUCCAGAGAGAAGAUACAAGUAUGAGAGAAAACACUUUAUUCCAAGGUUCAUCCUUGUACAGAAAAUCAAGGAUAUUUAUAGAUGUUGGCGUCUGUUAAAUGAACAUCAUAUUUCAGUCAAUCCGUUAACGUUAUUUUAUGCUACCGACCAAUGAUAGCACGCCACGCUGGAAUUCUCGAACGUUCCAUCAUACUCUGAUUGGCUAAGACUCUUCGGUUCCUUUUGGGCCUCUUGAGGCUCCGUUGAAGUUCUCCGGAAGCCGACCCAACAAUCUGUUUCUUUGUAUUUUAUGUCAACAACAACAACAACGAAAAAAACUCCGGUUCAAAUCCGAUUGAGUAAAAUUACUUACUUCAUAAGUGUAUAUACUUG